AUGUCAUUCCCUCACCUCGCUCAAACCCCGAACGGGAUCCAGCUCAUCGUCAAAGACAAGCCCGUCCUUCUCCUCCCCGGCGAACUCCACAACUCCUCCCUCUCAUCCGCCCGAUACAUGUCCACGGUCUGGAGCGACCUGAAAGCACAAUCGAUAAAUACCGUUCUCGGCGCUGUAACCUGGGAGGUUAUUGAGCCCAUCGAGGGUCAGUUUGCCUUCACCGAACUCGACGCUGUUAUCACGGACGCUCGCAAGCACGGAAUAUAUCUUGUGCUGCUGUGGUUUGGAAGUUACAAGAAUGGUAUCUCGACGUAUGCUCCUCAUUGGGUGAAGCGGGAUGUUGAGCGCUUCCCCAGAGUACAUGUUUGGGACGCAGAUACAGGAGGAAAGAGGACGAUCGAGAUGAUUAGUCCGUUUUCCGAGGAAGGGUGGAAGGCUGAUGCUCGCGCAUUCGGGAAGUUGAUGGAGCAUCUAAAGGAAGUCGAUGGCGAUCAUAGCACGGUCGUCAUGGUGCAGGUUGAAAAUGAGACCGGCUUAUUGGGAGACUCGAGGGAUCGUUCAGAUCUUGCGGAGAGAGAAUUCGCGAAAGGCGUUCCAAUAAAGCUUCUCCGCCAUCUUUCGACUUCGGAAGAGCUACACCCACGGUUCAUUGAACGCUUUGCCGAUAAAAUCCCAUCAGCGAGCCAAAUCAAUGAGGGAACAAUCUACACCUGGGAAAGCAUCUUUGGACAGGGAACCUCCGCAGACGAGGCCUUCAUGGCCUACUACGUUUCAAAGUACGUCGGGCACGUUGCAUAUGCCGGGAAGAAAGCAUACCCAAUUCCUCUGUACACGAACACCUGGCUCAACUUCGACGACCCUUCAGCCCUCGACUUACACGGAUACCCCAUCGUCGUCGGCGGCGGAGCGCGACCAGGCAUCUACCCCUCAGGCGGCCCCUGCCCACACGUCGCCGACAUCUGGCGCUUCAACACACCCGCUUUGAACUUCCUUGCACCGGAUCUGUAUUUUCAUGACUACGAGCGCGUUUGCCAGGAUUAUACUAUUCCUGCAUCCAACCCACUCUUCAUUCCCGAGCAACGACGGGAUGAGCAUGGGGCCAGACGGGUAUGGCUUGCAUAUGGAACGUACGGAGCUUUGGGGACAAGUCCGUUCGGUGUUGAUACAGAGGCGACGGUCAUCGGAAGGGAGUAUAAGCUGCUUACCCAAAUAGCAAAGUACCUACUGAAUUCGAAGCCAAACCAGCGAAUGGGGUUCUUCUUCGACGAAAUUCCGGAGUCAGGCUCACCAACGGGAAAGCAAAGAUGGGCGAAAACAUUUGGAAAUCUCGAAGUCAUCAUCGAGCGCGCAUUUGUCUUUGGGAAGGCCGGACCCGGCGGAGGCAUGAUCAUCCAGCUCGGCGAGGAAGACUCCUACCGCUUCCUCGUCGUCGGACGCGGAUUCCAGGUUCGCUUCCGCGGACUAGAUGAGAAAGUGACAUUCACGGGCAUCCUGGACGCGCGAGAGAAAGAGUUCAAUGCUGAAACCGGAGAGCUACGGACAUUGCGGGUCUUGAAUGGCGACGAGACCCGCAGCGGCGAGUUCGUGAUUAUGCCGAACGAUGACCCGGAUUAUGGAGGCUUUCCUAUUGCCGUUACGAUCCCGGCGAGGACUUGUAUUGCGGAGGUGGAGGCUUAUACUGUUUGUGAGGAGAUGUAG